UAGGCGUCAACUUGCUAGGCAUAUUAGAAAGGAACCCUCAAGAUAUGGUUAGGAUAAGAAGCGUCUGUUUUCGCAAACCUGAUAUAAAAAUACGGAAUGCCGAACGGUCGCGGAGUAAUUGAUCAUCCAAUCCCCGAUUAAAGAGGAUCAUCGGCCGAGAAUAUUGAGUGCGCUACGGUAUGCAGCUGACAAGUAAGCACACGAUAUUCGUAAUACAGAGGUAUUUAACAAAGCUCUAUGGCAAGUGAUUUAUGCUAUGAAUACAUUACUUCAUCUUGAAUUAUACCUAUUCUCCAAUAGCACAACCUACCCAAUCUACAAGCCAUAACAAUGAAAUUGAUUAUUUCGGGAGCCACAGGCUUCGUAGCCAAUGAAAUAAUACGACAGAGUUUAAGCAGGACCGAGAUUACAUCUAUUGUGGCCUUGGCUCGCAAGCCGGUAUCAGUUCCCGAAAAGCUUCUACCCAACGCAAACCCUUCCAAGCUUAAAAGUGUCGUGAUAAGAGAUUACGAUCAUUAUCCUGGAGAGGUCAAAACCGAAUUUGCUGGGGCCGCAGCCUGCAUAUGGACGGUCGCCAUCACGCCGUCAAAAUCAAAGAUGUACGAUUUUGAGGAAGUCAAGCACAUCUGCCAGACAUCUACAAUCACAGGUUUUAAGGCAAUACAUGAGUCUGGCGUCUCAAAGCCAUUUCGAUUCCUUUAUAUGAGCGGUGCAGCAGCAGAACGCGACCCGGAAAAGGCCGUACGGUUUCAGCCACAGUAUUCAUACAUGCGGGGAGAGACUGAAAACCAAGUUCUUGCAUUGGCAGCUGAGCUCGAUGGAGUUGAAGCCAGUGUCGCAAAACCAGGCUAUAUCACUGCACCGGGCGAGAUUAUGAAGUCUAUUGCCGGCACUAUGAUACAACUUGUUGCUGGUAUCCCUAGCAUCAGUGUCGUAGACCUUACGACAGCUAUGCUAGAUCAGGUCAUAAAUGGGUUUGAGAAAGAUCCGUUGAUGCCCGAGGAUCUGAUCAGGAUUGCCAAGGCACAUUAGCAAGUUUCCGAAUAAUAGUGAACUUGGGGAUAUAAGUUCAAUGCGAGGUGUUAGUGAGAUUACCACGUACUCUUCUAUUACGGGGGGAAUAUUAGGAAUAAUAGAUAGGAGAGACAGAUCUGAGAUUCGUUGCCACCCCCUUUCUUUAACAAUAAGGGCCUAGACAUCUAGGAGUAUUACACACCACUACCCACUGUAUAAGGUGGUUCUUUAACUUGGAAUGCAC